GGUCAGAGACUGCAGACACGAUACAAGAGACGGUCAGAGACUGCAGACACGAUACAAGAGACGGUCAGAGACUGCAGACACAAUACAGGAGACGGUCAGAGACUGCAGACACAAUACAGGAGACGGUCAGAGACUGCAGACACACGGUACUGGAGACGGUCAGAGACUGCAGACACGGUACAGGAGACGGUCAGAGACUGCAGACACGGUACAGGAGACGGUCAGAGACUGCAGACACGAUACAGGAGACGGUCAGAGACUGCAGACACGGUACAGGAGACGGUCAGAGACUGCGGACACGAUACAGGAGACGGUCAGAGACUGUGGACACGAUACAGGAGAUGGUCAGAGACUGCAGAAGUGAUA